AAACUCCUCUUGUUGAAUCUUUCCCAGGCAACUAGAGAUGUUGAGGGGAUUAAUGGCUUUUAAUUUCUACUUGAGAAAGCAGAUGUGUAACUAAGAACAUGCCUAUGAACUAAAACUGAGGUACUGAGCUCCAAAACGGAAUAAUCUUAAUGCCUUGUUAUCUUUCCAUUAAAAAGCACAGGGGUUCUUUUUUAUGCAUCCUGAUUCCUGACGGGGGAAGAUGUGAUCUGAAGCUCCAGGCCCAGAGUCUCCCGCCAAGACCUUCCUGGGAAGAAUCACCUGCUGCCUUGUGAUGAAAUAACCCACCCUUAACAGAUCGCUGUGAUAUGAUCAGACCCAGCAAAACAACACUGAUAUUUUCAGCCUCGCUUGCCACAAGCGGGAAUUACUUACAACUUGGUUUUGUCUUGGGAUAUCACCACAGCAGAGGGAAACAAGCUACCCGUCUUUCUAUGUCACACAGGCCCUUCCGAGGAGAGCCUUACGAUAUCAGUGGGGCGAAGGAUGAUGUCAGACUCAGAAUCAUCUGUUAAUAAGAGCGCUCCUUAUUUUUUAUCAACUUUGUCGUCUAUGUCAGUGCCAGAAAAUGGAGAUACCACGUUCUCCUGCAAGAUAUCUGGCAACCCCAAACCAGAGGUAACUUGGUAUAAGAACGGGCAAGAUAUCAGUCAACAGAAGAACAAUUCUAGCUGUGAAAUACUGGAGGAUAACCUGACUCAGGUCUUACAUCUCUUUAGGUGCACAGAGCAACAAGCUGGAGUUUACAAAAUUGUGGCUAAGAACUGUUUUGGAACCACUCAGUCUUCAGCUUUUCUUAAAGUGACUUCUGAUGACCAAUCUGAAGCAUAUCAAAAUGUACUCUGUAGUCCUGAAGAGAAUAUAGAAACAUGCAUAGGAAAUGAAGUUACAGUAUGUCGUCAGAAAAUUUCGGAUGAUGAUAUGGAAAAUAAAGAAGCUUCAGCAGAAAAACAGUAUUCGCUCCAUGAAUGCUGCUUCUGUUUAGGUUCACCAGAACCUCCAGCACCAGAAUUUAACGAUUUAUCUACAGAGCAAAUGGGAGAAACGUUUUUCCAUACAGUGGAAUGUGAAACUUGUCCUCUAUUGGAAAAUCAUAGUUCAGGAGACGAAAUGCAAGUUAAAAAUGCAUCCAAUCUAAAUGAAUAUUAUCACAGCAUUAGGGGCAUGUCCAAUCAUAUGCCUGAUCUUUUUAUUUAUGAGAGCACUAAAGCAUCUAGGGACUCUACUGAAGGCGAGCUAGAUGAUGUGGAUUUCCAACCAGCAAGUCAAAUCACUGAAUACACAGACAGCUGCUGCCUUAAUGCUGAAGUCUUAGCUGCUUGUCAGACAACUGAAUAUGCCAAGACACAUGAAGAGGGUAGCUUUAGUAAACCUCUGAAAAACAGCACACUGUCUGUGAACCAAACAAGUGUCCCUCUAGGAGAUCAGAUCUGCUUUUUAGAGGAUUCCUCUAAAAAUGCCAGCAAUAACACUGAGCUCUGCUUGGAGAGAAACUUUAUUACAGUUGAUGAGUCUUCUGAUGAUGAUUCCAUCGAGUACUUUGAAUGUUCUGACGUGAUGACAGAGGAGACGUACCAGAACUUGGAAAGCAAGCUGAAAUUCCUGUUGGAAAGCGAUGAUGAGGAAGAUGAGUUAAUACCGGGGAGUGAUUGUGAUGGGUGUGCUUACUUCCUUAGUGAAAUGCCUUGCCUGUUUCAAGUGUCAGAUGACACUGUGCCUAUGGAAGCCACCAUUGGCUUCUGUGGUCAUCAGUCAAAAUCCAAAGAAGUAGCUGUCAGGAGCGACCUCACUGCAUACAGUCCAUCAACUUUGCAAGCAGAAAUGACUCUCACUGUUGGGCAACAGCAAAGUAAAACUUCCAGUAUGAAAGACAAAGAGAAGUACAAGCUGUCUGCAACUCUCAUGGCAAUUGAAAAUGAUUGUCCUAGAAUGGAGGAAGAAAACAGUAGCAGCAAUCACUCUGCUGUGGACGUUUCUGUUGUCGGUUCGCAAGGUAUAGAAAAUGGGAUUUCAGCGAUGAAGUCUUCCUCUUGUGACUUGAGCGGUUCUUUGGAGACAGCAACCAAACGGGUUGCAGACAAAUACUACUCUCGGAAAAACUCACAACAGUUAACAAAGGUGAGAAAGAAACCAGCUGAAGGUAAAUCCAGAGUCGAAGCCAAUCGGAUCAAGACAUCAAAAGACACUUUAAAUUCGUUACAUCCUAAAGAGCGGCACGCCUCUGAAAUUCACACACUUCAAAUGGAAAGAAGUUGUUUGGAUUCUGCUGCACUGCUUCACCAACAAGGAGAAAGUAUUUCAAACCAAGGAAAGUGGGAUAUAGCGAGUGCUUCAAACCACAUCAGUUUAUUUCAUGGUGAAGAAAGAGAAAAGGGCAUCCCUUGGGAAAGCAAAUGGAUUAGUGACCUAUCGGAGAGAACCCAAAUGUCAAAUGAAAAUGCCGCACUUAUGGUACAGCAACAAGAAGCUGACUCUGACAACACAGUGCCAAUCAGCGGUAAUCUUAAACUAUUUAUAACGGAGCCUGUAUUAGACGAGAGAUUUGUUUUCAAAUCUUCCCCUGUAAAAAGCCCUGCUUCUGAAAAGUCAGCUUCAGAAAAGGUCAGCAGCCAAAAUGGAUUUGCAACGGGCAGUGCAGUGCUGGAAAACUCUGCUGGCUUUUGUGUGUCCAAUGGGACUCAUAAUGAGAGGGAGCUGUGCUGGGAUCAAACUCUUCAUCUCACAAUCACAGGUGAUAUGGCAAGCCGCAAUGUGCCGCCUGGUGCACAAAGUCUCCCCAGUGUCUCUUCUAAGCAAGAAGGCUUAUGUGACAUUCUGCCUCCUUUGGCUGUGCCCAAUAUACAGACAGAAAGAGCAAAGGCACAUGGAGGGAAGCCCCAUGAGUCUAAUAAGGUAAAAGCAGUCCAUGAUAUUCCCUGCGCUGAAUAUCUUUCCAAAGCAGAUUCCCAGAGAGCCUUGGAAGCUGCAGAACCUGAGGUCAGAGAUGCUGAUUUAUCAUCAAUGCACGAGCAGUUGCAGAUGCUCCUUUAUGAGGGAGACGACUGGGGCUGUGACUUCACUUGCGCAAGCAACAAAGUUGAGAGUUCAGCAGCUGGGACUGGCCCUGCCAAGGAGGUUGAAGAGCUGAACAUUGCUAGGGAUGGAAGCACUGGGCAGCAUGUGCCAGGAAAUCUAACAGAAGAUAAUCAGCUUGUCACAGAAUUGGCAGGAGUAAUGAAAGUCCACACUGAUUACUGCAGUGCGCUAAAAAGAGAUGGAGCAUGUAGCCGUACAUCCACGGACAAGAGCUCUCUUGCACUACCUGCAGAAACAGCUGCCAUGUGUCUGUGCUCUGCCUUUGGACAGGAAACAGAAAAGCCAUCUGUUCAUCCAUUAAGCAGCAAUAUCCAAAAGGAAAAGUCUGAUCAUAAUAGAUCUGCUCAUAUGUCUGCUUAUCAGGAAGAAACAAUUAUGACUGAUGGUGGCUUCCAGUCUUGUGGAGUAGAAUCUCCAUUCAAACUUACAGAAGCUCCAGGCGAUCCUUUAGAACAUGGCCAAGAAAUGUUAUCAUGCCUACCUGCUAAUUUUCCCAGCCCAUUGUCUUGUAUUGAACAGAUUGUCCAUUGUACAGAUGGCCCCAAAGCAAAGCAGGCUGAUGAGAUGCCUACUAAAGAAUCUCAUGUUACACUGCACCACUCGAGAAUAAAAGAGUGUGCUAAUCUUGCUGAGCUUUCACUGAAAGAGGAUUCAUCCAGUAAUUUCUCUGGCAAAAAUAAUGAUCAAUUUGGAACUGAAGAACACUUUUCAAUUACGGCGGUCGAUAAAAGCAUUGCAGAGAAAUUUAAGGAGAAAGGAACUGAGUCAGAAAUGAAAGCUCGAAGUGACAAUAAUUGUGAUAUUUAUCAUGUUUUGAGAGGCAAUAAUAGUAAAGAUGUUCAAGCUGUAUCUGAUGCACGGAAUUGCAGCUACCACACGGAAGAAUAUAGUUCAGUUUUAGCUACUGAACCUAAAGCUGUUGAGGGCAAUGAAAAAAUAGAGGGGCACAAAGCAGAACCAGUGUUCACAGCAUCAUACAAAGUUAGAUUCUACACUGAAGUUCUGUUAGAAAUAAACAAGAACAAUGAAAAUGACAUGAGUGAAGAAAAUAGGGACUUUGGGACAAGCAUAGGGCAAACUGCCCUAGAAUGCAAAUAUGUGAUGCCACCAUCAGAUUCUCAUCAAACAGUAUCAGGAAAAAAAUCUAGCAUUACUGACCAUUUAGGGUUAGGACUGGAUUUUUCAGGUUCUCCAUCGGAACCUUGCAAGUCAACGGCUUUAAACACUGUUCAGCCUUCAAGUAUUAUCAGAAAUGAGUGCCACAGUACAGGUCAGGAUAAUCAAAAUGCAAGCCAUAUGGUAGGCAAUUUAAUUGUUUCUGCUCAGCGUAAGAUUCUAAAGGAAAGCGUAUGCGAAGGUUGUAGUACAAAUGAACUAGUGUCAGGAAAGUUUGGUACAAAUGCACCAGAGGCAGUUAAAAGCCUAAGGCAAACUGAGUCCAUGCAAGUUGGAGUUAAGAAGGAUAAGGAUGAACAUUGGCAGAAUCAGUAUGAAAGGGUGGUGGAGAAAAGUAACACUCAAACAGUCCAGUGUGAGAGAGAAAGACAAAUGUCUAAUUCACAUGAUCUUGAGGAAACUGAAGUAGAACCUUAUAUGAGGAAUCUAAUCGAUUCAGAACACACACAUUCCUGCCAUGAAAACAGUGAACUACAACAGGAUGAGUACCAGCAUGUAGGUAGAGAAAGUCAGACCAAAAUAAUCCCAUGUGAAAGGGGUGCCAGAGAAACUCAAAAGUCCACUGAAUGUAACCUAGAGGAAGUGGAGCCUUACAUGAGGGCACUUCUUAAUUCAGAACUGAUGUAUUCUUGGCAUGAUAUUACAGACUUUGUGCAUCCAUUCGUGGUCCUUUCCGGUGAGCAAGCUGGUGUGUCUGAAGGGGGAUUAGUGGGAGAGUGUGUAGUCCCAUCUAUAGGUCACAAUCGAGCCACAGCAUUCACAGAUGGUGAGAGGCAAAGCCUAAAUUCAUCAGAGCAUGCAAUAGGGGCCUUAGUCAGCGUCUUGCCUUGUGCCUCCAAGAACAGUCAUCAUUCUCAGGAACAGCUGCCACAGGUCAAAAUUCAGCCGUGCACUUCAGGAGCAACUGCAGGAGAAGGGAAGACGAAGUCGCAGGAAUCCUCCAAACCCUGCAAGGCACCCUCGCAUCACAACAGCACCGAGGACGUGAAGCGUAAGCAAGAAACCGUAAAGAAGAAGAUGGCACCAAAGGUACAAAUUAAGAAGCCACGCCUUGAAGCAAAGGAAAAUGUUUGCAACCAUGCCAGCUGUGUCAAAAAAGUCUCAAAAACAGAGGCUGGCCCAACUCACAAGGAAGAUAAGAGGGAACAACGGAAACUGCCUUACAAAAAGGACAGCAAAGCACCAAAGCUGGUGAAGAAAAUACAAGCUGAACUGUUCCCUGACCUCUCUGGAAAUAUCAAAUUGUGCUGCCAGUUUAGUGAAAUUCACGAAGACUCCACCAUUACGUGGACUAAAGACUCUAAGCUACUUGCUCAAGUACACAGAAGUGCAGGAGAUGACUUUCCAGUAUCCCUGGCAAUAGUUCAAGCUGGUAAAAAGGACCAAGGGCUGUAUCACUGCUGCUUGAAGAAUAUGUAUGGGAAAGCAUCUGCAGAAUUUAACCUAACCUCUGAAGUAUUGGAACAUCUUUCCAGUCUUCAGGAUGUUGAAGGGUUGGAAGAGAUUGAAUUCUUACAGCUUAUGUUCAGGGAAGAUUUCAUCAGUGAUAGUUAUUUCAGCAACAGCCUGCAUGGGAGGAUUAUAACUGAAGAGCUGCAUUUUGGGGAAGGAGUGCACCGAAAGGCUUUCCGAAGCAAAGUCAUGCAAGGCUUAGUUCCUGUGUUUGGCUCCGGCCACCCCUGUGUUCUGAAAGUGCACAAUGCCAUUGCAUAUGGGACCAGGAACAACGAUGAACUCAUGAAAAAGAAUUACAAAUUGGCACUGCAGGAAUGUUAUGUUCAGAACACAGCAAGAGAGUACGCCAAGAUAUAUGCUGCAGAAACAAAACCUCUGGAGGGCUUUGGAGAGGUGCCUGAAAUCAUUCCUAUUUUCCUUGUUCAUCGGCCCAAGAACAACGUCCCUUAUGCGACUGUGGAAGAGGAGCUAAUUGGAGAAUUUGUGAAAUACUCCAUUAGAGAUGGGAAAGAAAUAAACUUCCUGCGGAGAGACUCGGAAGCUGGCCAGAAAUGCUGCACCUUUCAGCACUGGGUAUAUGAAAGAACCAGCGGCAGUUUGCUUGUAACAGAUAUGCAAGGUGUAGGAAUGAAACUAACCGACGUUGGCAUAGCAACACAGGCCAAAGGGUACAAAGGUUUCAAAGGUAACUGCUCCAUCUCGUUUAUUGAACAGUUCAAGGUCCUCCACCUAUGUAAUAAAUACUGUGAGAUGCUGGGACUGAAACCCCUUCAAGCCAGCGGUCAGAAGCAGAGGAAGCCAGCAGCUCCCAAAAUCAAGGCACUGCCAACCUCAAGUACUGUAAAGAAAACCGCGGUCAGCACACAGACUGCCAAGAGAACAUAGGAACUUGUUUCCUCCCAAAGGAGACAUUUCUCAUUCUCAUCUUUGCAGAAUGGACCUCUCUAGAAAUACACACUGUACUUUCUGGAACCGAACACUCCAGCAGUGGGGCUCCCUCAGAGCGUUCAACAUUCUGCAAGAAGAAAGUCGAUAGUCUGGGACACGUGAACAUUUGAAAAGAUCAGCACCCCCAAUACCAAGCAUAACCGUUCGCAAAGACUGCCUAAACGGACUUGGGGGGGUGUUAUUUGCACAAUCUCUCAUUUUGGAAGGCUGUGCAGGACUUAGGCCUUUUGGGAAAAUUGCAUUUUUAGUAGAUUUCUUCCAUAUAACUCAGCUGCUAGGUAAGUCUAUAAAUAUACGUAGGACGUUUCAACCCACGUGAGGUAAAAGCUACACACUCCGGAAUGCGUGAACCUGCUUUUCCUGCCUCUUUUUACUCAAAUGAAGAACUGCUGUUUCUAGAUGUUUCCGAAUGCCGGCUUCUCAGACAUGCAUAACAGGUGCCAGAUGCAACGAAGCAUAUGAGGGAUUCACCUGCGGGCCUUAGACAUUUGGGUUGUUGGGGUUUUUUGCACUGGUUUUCAAUAUUAUAAGUUAUGUCAAAGAUAUAAUGUAAAACAACACAGUGGCAUUCACCAGGUGACCUGGGGACUGUGUGGAGCCCACAAUGUCUUUAUCCUUUAACCAUACCCCUAAUUAAGCCUUCCGCUGACUUUUGUAUAGCAACACAUCAUGUUUCCUCUGCUAGAUGAUUUUAACUGUCUAAUCUGUCGCUGUUAUGAAGAAGUAUGAGAGAAAAAGAGAGAGAAAUGGGUGUGGGAGUUGUGGGAGUGUGUGUAUCUGUGUGUGACGUCAGUGGUUAGAGAAGGCUUCCAUGGUGCAGAGUAGAGAGUUUAUUGCUGUAUUUGUGAGACUUAUAACCGAAGAAAUAAGAGCCAUGCUAAUCAGA